ACUUCAGUGAAAUAUCCUACAGCACACAAAAACAUUUUAACAUGUGAGGAAGCAUUUUUGGAUUAAUCUACAUACAACGUCUGGAAAAGUAUUAGAUGAGCAGUAUUCAUUAAUUCCUGAGUGGUAUGCUGCCCUGAAGAUGCUUACCAAAACAGCCUGAUGGUUUGCUUAGUGUUUACCCAUAACGUGUUAUACAAACCACUGGUAACUUGGGAUGGUACACGAAAAAACACUUUGAAGUUUUCAUAGUAUCUUUACCUUUGCCUUCUAUUUAGGGCAUGUGUUGCAGGUUUUGUACUCAGAGAAGUUAUUUACAACUUACUACAUUUUAGUAUAUAACCUAAGAAAAUAUGCCUUCUCUGGGUGUCCUGAGCCGUCGGAGUCCACACGGCUGAGGCGGCACUCCAAGAGGGAACCGCUCGCCUCCUAAAGUCCCUGGGCGUCCAGCAACACGACGAAGGAACCAAGAGCCUAAUAUAAGCCACAAGAUACGAUCGCGGGGACGACGGUCUCCUGCCAGGCCGUCACCCUCCUUACCGGUCCUUAAAAGACCCACAGCAGAUCCACGCCCACGAGCAUCCUGCCUCUUUCCGCAGCCACAAGAGCCGCAGCAGGCUAGCAGGCGAUAUCAAACUUCGCGAUAUUUGCAACUAUCGCGGAUCUUUGCAUUACCGGCUUCCUAGAGGAAAGACGGCCGGAAGAUCGCUCCGCCCAUGUCAACCAAGACUUUGUUCUCGUGAGAUCCCGAAAACAGUUCGGGAGCCAGUUCUCGCGGGAUUUUCCGAGUCAGGGCUGGAAGUUGCGGUGGGUCCCAGAGGGAGGCCCGUUACUGAGAGGGAGGCUAGGGGGUCGACCUGCCUGCUUGUUGUCCUCCCCCGGCGGCGGAGCCCCAGACGAUUAGGUGAGCACCGCCUUGCCAGCUUCCACAGCGCCCUCCGGCUCUGCCGCUGUCUCGAACGCCACCGGCCGUUCUCCUUGGACCCCGUCAGGCUCCACCUUUGCUCCCUCUCGUCCCGUGACGUCGGGCUUCGGGGGGGGGUUCGAUGUACAGAGGGCGGCGGCAGGUGGAGUUGGCCGCCGUCCGCCCGCCAGCCUCCUCCUGGCGGUCCUCCGCCGCCUGUCAGGUGUUAAAUGCUGCCAGGCCCUUCCCCCUGGCCAGAUGGAUCUCUCUGUCCCGAAGCCCCGCGCGGAAACCAACUGCAAAGAUAUAUGGCAUCCAGGAGAAAGAUGUCUCGCCCCUUCUCCAGAUAAUGAAAAACUUUGUGAAGCAAGCAUAAAAUCUGUCAUAGUGGAUGAAAAUGGGAAGUCAUUUGCAGUCAUCUUAUAUUCAGAUUUUCAAGAAAGGAAAGUACCUCUUAAAAGACUUCAAGAAGUGAAAUCUGUUAAAGAUUGCUCCAGGAAUUUUAUAUUUGAUGAUGAAGAUUUGGAAAAACCUUAUUUCCCAGACAGAAAAUUUCCAUCAUCUGCUGUUGCUUUUCAAUUAUCUGAAAAUGGAGACUCUAUUCCUUAUACUAUUAAUAGGUAUUUGAGAGACUACCAAAGGGAAGGAGCCCUGUUUCUCUAUGAACACUUCAUCCAAGGAAGAGGAUGUAUUCUUGGUGAUGACAUGGGACUUGGAAAAACAGUACAGGUUAUUUCAUUUUUGGCUGCAGUUUUGGGUAAAAAGGGAACUCGUGAAGAUAUUGAAAAUAACAUGCCAGAGUUUUUACUAAGAAGUAUGAAAAAGGAACCCCUUUCUUCUACAGCAAAAAAGAUGUUCUUAAUAGUUGCUCCUCUUUCUGUCCUCUACAACUGGAGGGAUGAACUGGACACCUGGGGAUAUUUCAGAGUCACUAUUUUACAUGGUAACAAAAAAGACAAUGAACUGACUCGUGUGAAACAGAGGAAAUGUGAAAUUGCUCUAACAACAUAUGAAACACUGCGCUUAUGUCUGGAUGAACUUAACAGUUUGGAAUGGUCAGCUGUCAUUGUAGAUGAAGCUCAUAGAAUCAAGAAUCCAAAGGCUAGAGUAACAGAAAUUAUGAAAGCUUUAAAAUGUAAUGUCCGAAUUGGCCUCACUGGAACCAUUCUUCAGAACAACAUGAAAGAAUUGUGGUGUGUUAUGGACUGGGCUGUGCCAGGACUUUUAGGUAGCAGGAUCCAUUUCAAGAAGCGGUUUUCUGACCAAGUAGAACACGGUCAGAGACACACAGCAACAAAAAGAGAACUAGCUACUGGCCGAAAGGCCAUGCAAAGGCUUGCAAAAAAGAUGUCUGGAUGGUUUCUCAGGCGUACCAAGACUCUAAUCAAGGAUCAGUUGCCUAAGAAGGAAGACCGGAUGGUAUAUUGUUCUCUGACAGAUUUUCAGAAAGCCGUCUAUCAAACAGUAUUAGAAACAGAAGAUGUGUCUUUGAUACUUCAAUCUUCUGAGCCUUGUACCUGCAGCAGUGGCCGAAAAAGGAGAAAUUGUUGUUAUAAGACCAAUUCACAUGGCGACACAGUGAAAACCUUGUAUUUCAGUUACCUUGCAGUCCUUCAGAAGGUAGCUAACCAUGUUGCAUUACUGCAGGCUGCUAGCACCUCCAAACAACAGGAAACACUUAUCAAGAAGAUAUGUGAUGAGGUAUUUUCCAGAUUCCCAGAUUUUGUGCAGAAAAGCAAAGAUGCAGCCUUUGAAACACUUUCUGACCCGAAAUACAGUGGAAAAAUGAAGGUCCUUCAGCAGCUUUUAAACCAUUGUAGACAAAACAAAGAUAAAGUUCUUCUUUUCUCCUUUUCUACCAAGUUGCUCGAUGUGCUGCAGCAAUACUGUAUGGCAUCUGGGCUUGAUUACCGACGACUUGAUGGAAAUACAAAAUCAGAGGAAAGAAUCAAGAUUGUGAAAGAGUUCAACAGUACACAGGAUGUUAACAUUUGCCUUGUCUCCACAAUGGCUGGUGGACUAGGCCUCAAUUUUGUUGGUGCCAAUGUGGUUGUAUUAUUUGAUCCUACAUGGAAUCCAGCCAAUGAUCUUCAAGCAAUUGACAGAGCAUAUAGGAUUGGGCAAUGCAGAGAUGUCAAAGUGCUUAGGCUGAUAUCCUUGGGAACUGUGGAGGAGAUCAUGUACUUACGACAGGUAUACAAGCAGCAACUUCACUGUGUGGUGGUUGGAAGUGAAAAUGCCAAGCGGUAUUUUGAAGCAGUUCAAGGAUCAAAAGAGCAUCGAGGAGAGCUUUUUGGGGUCUAUAAUCUCUUCAAACUGAGGUCCCAAGGGUCUUGUCUUACAAGGGACAUCCUGGAGAGAGAAGGCCAAGUGGAAGCAGGGGUCAUGACAGCUACAACAUGGUUGAAAGAGGAACCUCCAGUACACAAACUAGAAACAGCUAGGGAGCCUGACUGUCAAGAAUACAAAAGUCCAGAACAGCCUGCAGAACCACUAGCAAAAGAAGCAUGUGAUCUCUGCAGUGAUUUUAGUGAAGAUGAAUCAGUAGGACACUCAAUAAUAAAGACUGCUAAAAACAAGGCAUCUGACUCAAGUAAAGCUUCGGGUACUCCUGGACAGCUUACCUUACUCCAGUGUGGUUUCUCUAAAUUGUUUGAGACAAAAUGUGAAGCAGUUGAGGACAGUGAUGGAAAUACUGCCUCUGAUGAUGAAAGUUCUGAUGAACAGCCCACAUGCCUUUCAACAGAAGCCAAAGAUGUUGGUUGUUGGAAAAGUCAAGACUCUCUUGGUACUUCAAAGCAUCAGAAAUUACCUAACAUCCUAAAUCCAAAUGGAAAAUAUAUUUUUGAUAAAAGUGAGAUUUUAGAACAGAAUAUUUCUUCUGAGUCUGAUGAUGAGAAAAAUUUUAAAAAUACAGUUGACCACCAUUGCAUUUCACAGAAUGUCACAGAAUCAGAAGAUAGUGAUAUCAUCUUUCCCACACAGUACACAACUCAAAGAUUCCUCAAGAAGAGUGUAAGGUUUAAGCCACCUGUGGAUGGAUCUGAAGAUUCUGAAACAGAAAACCCUGUAAAUAUAAGAAAUAAUGGUGAUAAUAGAAAGACCGAUGUCAGAGGAAAUGGACUAAUUUCAAAACAAUUAAAUCCUGAGAACAAGACCCUAAAAUCUAAUACAAAAAGAAAAGGCAGUAGUGAUAUUAGUGAUGAAUCUGAUGACAUUGAAAUUUCCUCCAAGUCAAGAGUAAGAAAGAAAAGAGCUACUAGUUCUCUGAGGUUUAAGAGAAAAGAGGAAAAUAAAAGGGAACUUUACACUUUUCCAAAAACAAUGAAGAAAACAAACCAACUGUGUGCAACAGAUGAAGACUGUACCUCUCAGGCUAUUGAUGAGUUUACAUCUUCAGAUGAUGAUUUAUCUGUUAGCCACAUCAGUGUCUCUAAACAGAACCAUAGACCAAAAACUAUAAAAGAUAGAAUCAGUUUCUCUGCAAAAUUAACUAGCCAUGAGAAAAAUAGCACUUUUAUACCAAGAAAACCAAUGAAAUUUCCAAAUAAGAGCAUUGUCAAUCAAGAUCAGAUGUGUGAAUCAAUGGAUAAAUUUUUAGGUGGUGUUCAGGAAGUGGCUUACAUUCACUCAAACCAGAAUGUGAUUGGAUCAAGCAAAGCUGAAAAUCACAUGAGCCGAUGGGCAGCACGUGAUGUAUUUGAAUUGAAGCAGUUUUCCCAGCUUCCUGCUAACAUAGCUGUUUGUACUUCUAAGACAUAUAAGGAAAAAAUGAAGGAAGAUACAUCGACACAUACAAAGGAAUGCCAACAACCAAGUGAAGGCAGCAUUUCCUUUCCCCUUUACAUUUCACACCCUGUAAGCCAGAAGAAGAAAAAUGUCUACCGAACAGGCCAGACCACCUUCAUAAUUGGAGAAACACCAAAAGGGAUCCGCAGAAAACAAUUUGAAGAAAUGGCUUCUUAUUUUAAGUUGUCUUCUGUACAGGAAUUUGCUAAAUAUAUAACUAAUGCCACAUCAGAAGAACGACAGAAAAUGCUAAGAGACUUUUAUGCUUCUCAGUAUCCAGAGGUAAAAGAAUUUUUUGUGGAUUCCCCUUCAGAAUGCAUUAAAUCUGCCUAUGAGGAAGGAGAGAGAGUCAGGAAUCUGUCUGAAAAAAGAGAGUCUCUUAUAAAAGAAAGGGUGUCAGAUUCUGUAACUUUGUCAUUUAAAAAUUCUACCAAAAAAUUUUCUCAAAUUUGCAGCCCAAAAAUAUAUAAAGAAAAAUCAAUUAAGUUUCGAAAUCACAGUUUCUAUAGAGAAGAGGUGCUUUCUAAUGAUGUGGAAACUAAGAAAUUACCUAUAAGCUCUACCCAAGAGACGAACAAUGGGAAAAACAGCCAAGCAUCCAAAGAUACUGUAGCAUCCUGUUUCCUGAACAGUAAGUCUGGAGCGUAUGAGUUGGAAAAGUUGGAAAAUACCAUGAAAAACCGACAGAAUCUCACAGGAUUGGAUGUUUCAAGAAAUGGACCCCUUUUCAAAGUGGAAAACAAAAAGAUAGAAAAUCCAGUGUUAGAAAACACUUCUGUGGUAAGCUUACUUGGUGACACCUCUAUUCUUGAUGACCUCUUUAAAAGUCACGGGAACAGUCCCACACAACUACCAAAGAAAGUUCUUUCAGGGCCCAUGGAGAAAGCAAAACAGAGACCAAAAGAUUUCUGGGACAUCUUGAAUGAACAGAAUGACGAGAGUCUUAGUAAACUCACCGACUUGGCAGUAAUAGAGACUCUGUGUGAAAAAGUGCCUUCUGCUGCAUCCUCCAAAAGGAAAGAGGAUCUUGAAGCUCCUCUUUGGAAAUCAAAUGAGAAAUUUUUGUGGAAAAAAUUUAACUCCACUGAUACAGAUGAAAGCACAACUAAUACACAAGAGUAAUACAUAAACACACAAAUUACUACAACCAAUGAACUUCUGCCAUCAACGUUUACAACACUGUAUUCCACACUAAUUAUGUUACACAGUUGUCAACAUAUAUUUUUAAUAAA